CGCUCUACGGGCUGUCUACGGGCUCUACUAUUACGUCCGGUCGAUCCGUCAAAACAAAUGUCUUGGGCUCGCUCACAUAAUCGGCGAUUAUUUUUAGAUAAUUUUGCGUAUUAUUUGUACAAAUGUGUUGAAUAACAGAUAGAUAAUGUUAGUUAAAGGUUUUCGGGGUGUUAGGACGUACAGGGCUCAUAAAUGUAUAGGUGUAGUAUCGCGAGAAUUUUCCAGUCGAUUAGACGCCUUGGACCAUGAAGAAAGGUUAGAGGGUUGUCUUUCGGCUUUGCCUCCGAAGGCUAAAGUGGUGAUAUGUGGGGGCGGGAUGAUGGGGGCAGCCGUGGCGUACCACCUCGCGCGCCGCGGCUGGGGCGACCAAACCAUCGUCGUAGAGAAAGAAAAAGUUGGCAUCGGCAGUCGCUGGCAUUCCUCAGGACUGGUCGGUGCCUUCAAGCCUACCCUUGCACAAGUGCGUCUGACCCAAUCUUCUAUAAGGCUCCUGCAAGAGCUUGAGGCUAAAGGCAGAGCUACUGGCUGGAAACAAUGUGGGUCCCUACUGCUGGCAAGAAACCGCGACCGCAUGACCGUGUACAGAAGAAUGAAGAGUCAAUCAGUAUCUUGGGGUAUACCUUGCGAGCUGGUCUCCCCAAAGCGAUGUCAGGAGUUAUGGCCUCUUCUGAACGUCGACGACGUGUUGGGCGGGCUCUGGAUACCCGGAGAUGGGGUUGGAGACCCACACUUACUCAACAUGGCGCUGAUGAGAGAAAGUGUCCAAAGUGGUGUGGGGGUAAUGGAAGAUUGCGCCGUUACCGCAGUGCUGUCGAAGAACGAUCGUGUUUGCGGCGUGGAAACGAAUCGCGGUGCCAUCGAGUGCGAGUAUUUCGUCAACUGCGCUGGAUUCUGGGCUAGAAAGGUUGGCCAGUUGGCAAGGCCGCAAGUAAAAGUGCCGUUGUUACCCUGCGAACACUACUACCUUCAUACGAAGCCGAUUGACAAUCUAGAUCCGAUGACCCCAGUUAUCCGCGAUCCGGAUGGCUACAUUUACCUGCGGGAGAGAGACGGCUGCAUCCUCGCCGGUGGCUUCGAACCUAUCGCCAAACCCGUAUAUGAAGAAGAAAUAACAUCAAUGGCCCAGCGUUGCGUGCCGGAAGACUGGGACCACUUUCACGUACUUCUACAACAGCUGCUGAAACGAGUGCCGAGUCUCUCCCAGGCGGUGCUGCACAAACUCUGCAACGGCCUCGAAGCAUUCUCCCCGGAUUGCAAGUGGAUUGUGGGAGAAGCACCCGAGAUGUUCAACUACCACGUAGCGGCUGGUAUGAAGACUGUAGGCAUAUCAGCCGCCGGCGGGGUGGCUGAAGCGACGGCCGAUGAGAUAGUCGACGGCUACUCUAAAUACGACAUGUAUGAACUCGGCCUUAAUCGGUUUCUGGGGCUACAUAACAAUAAGAGGUUCUUGAGAGACCGCGUUAAAGAGGUGCCUGGUGUCCACUACGGUCUUCCGUAUCCGUUCCAAGAGUUCGAAACGGGUCGUAACCUCCGACUGUCGCCUAUUUACCCGACUUUGCGCGACAAUGGCGCCGUGUUCGGACAAGUCAUGGGCUAUGAAAGACCUACGUGGUUCGAAACUGUUGAUCCAAAAGAGGCGUCGGACAAGCCCCGCCCAUUUAAGGUGGCGUACACGAAGACGUUUAACAAGCCACAUUGGUUCGACACGGUGCAGAGAGAGUACUGGGCUUGUAGGGAACGAGUGGGGUUAGCUGAUUACUCCUCGUUCACUAAGAUUGAUAUACAGUCUCAAGGUCGCGAAGUAGUGGACCUACUCCAGUACUUAUGCUCCAACGAUGUGGAUGUACCAGUCGGCAGUAUCAUACAUACGGGCAUGCAGAACGAACGCGGGGGCUAUGAGAACGAUUGCAGUCUCGCCAGGGUGUCUGAAAAUCUCUACAUGAUGAUAGCUCCAACGAUACAACAGACCCGUUGCAAAGCCUGGCUCAAACGCCAUCUUCCCGCAAACGGUUCAGUGACUCUCUCUGACGUCACAUCCAUGUACACAGCAAUUUGCAUCAUGGGACCUUUUACGAGAAACCUGCUUUCUGAACUGACAGACACUGAUCUUUCGCCGUCCAAGUUUCCUUUCUUUACCUUUAAAGAGAUCGAUGUGGCUUUAGCCAAUGGUGUGAGAGCGAUGAAUUUGACGCACACGGGAGAGCUGGGAUAUGUCCUGUAUAUUCCUAAUGAGUUCGCCCUCCACGUGUACAACCGUCUGAUGACGAUAGGCGAGAAGUACGGCAUAUCUCAUGUCGGCUACUACGCGUCGAGGGCACUUCGCGUGGAGAAGUUCUUCGCCUUCUGGGGUCAGGACCUCGACACCAUGACCACGCCGCUGGAGUGCGGCCGCACUUGGCGGGUCAAGUUCGAUAAAGACAUAAAAUUCAUCGGUCGCGACGCCCUUCUCCGACAGCGGGAAGAAGGUAUUCGCCGGCAAUACGUGCAACUGUUGCUGACCGACCAUGAUCAUGAACUGGACAUGUGGUCUUGGGGCGGAGAGCCGAUAUAUAGAGACGGGAAUUACUGUGGGCAAACUACUACUACUAGUUAUGGGUUUACGUUUAAAAAACAGGUAUGCCUCGGUUUCGUCGAAAACUUAGAUAAAAAUGGAGUCCCGCAACGUAUCACGAACGACUACGUGCUCAGCGGACAUUAUGAAAUAGAUAUCGGCGGUAUCAGAUACGCUGCCAAACUGAAUUUGCACUCUCCGAACUUGCCGACAAAAUACCCGGAUAAGGAACGCGACGUAUACCAAGCGACGAGAAAGCUGCACGAACCACAACAGUUCUUAGGACGUCACUAUCAACCGUAAAUGUAAGAUUUUCACGACCCCAGGCACUGUUUCCAAAUCUUAGGCAAACUGACUUUUCUCACUGGUUAAUUUAACGUUUAUUACAAAAUUUGGUAUUUUUUAAAUGUCAAAGUUUUAGAAAACUGAGCGCACCUUAGUACAAUGCCACUUCCAGUUGCUCGUAUUCCUGGUGUUUGUUUAUCGUUUACCCUACAGUUUCUUGAUUUUAAGUAUUAUUUAAUUUUUUGCGGUAGUUAAGUGAAAAAAGUGUUAUUGACUGUGCGCAACCACAAACGUUUUUGUAAAUUAAUUCUAAGAUUUCUGAUGUAAGUGAAUUUAUAAUUCUUAUGGGAAAAUAAAUAUAUCUUAAACCUGAAAGUGUGAUAGGAGACAAGUUGUAAAGUUGUAAAGGGCACUGCUAACUUUAAAUUGGGUUUGUCGCAGCUCAAAGUACUGACACUCUUUUAGAAAAGGAUAUUGUUUCGUAUUCAGUGUGCGGCUACUGUUUAUAAUGAUGUUUGAUACGUUCAGAAAAAAUACUUCAUAAGCUUCCGAAAAUUAAAAAAAAAAUGUUGCUUCCAUUAUUCUCUAAUAUAUUAGUCAUUAUUAUUUAAGAAGUCAUUUUCAUUACAAAUAUCAAAAUAAGUUAAAAAGCGCUCAAAGUACGUAAAUCUGUAGAUAAAGUCCACUUAUUUAUAUAUUUAUGCUAAGAAUAGAAAAUACUUAUCGCUUUCAGGGGUACUGGUAGAGGCGGGGUAUUGGGUAGCCCGGGUAACUGGGUCGAGGAGGUCAGAUAGACAUUCGCUCCUUGUGAAACACUGGGACUCAGCUGCACCCGGUUAGACUGGAAAACGACCCCAACUUAGUUGGGAAGGGCUAGGCAGAUAAUUUAUAAGGUGUAAUAUAAUAAGUAAUUUAUAUGCCAUACUAAACUCGUAUAAAAUAUACCAUUUUAAGUAAAACAUUACUCAUAAAAAGUCUUUCUCAAAGAAAAUGAAGGAUAAAAAGAUAAUAAGCAUUAUGAGAUUAUUAGACUAAAUAAAUAAAAAACAAGUUAAACAGGCUUGUAUUAAAGUGUUAAUAAAGUUAUUAGGAAUGGAGCGGGCCAAAAUUUGCCUUUUCGGUUUGAGAAACCAUGUUAUAAAAUUUAUUGGUGGUACUAAAAUUACGUAGAAGUUUAGCUUAUUGGAGAUUUAUAAAUCGAAAAGUUAAAAAUAUGCCAAAAUGAGAAGUGGAUUUAUUCUUUUGUAUUUCUAUUUAUUUUUGUUUUUAUAAAGUGUAUGGUAUUUGUAUAUAACAUUAAGUCAAGGCUUCUUCGUGGUCUGUUUUGCGAAAUAAUUUGUUUUUGAGAUUAUUAUGAUAAGAUUUUGUAUAAAAAUCACCUGCAGAUGCAGAUGUUUGAACAUUUUUACGUAAGCAAAUUGUAUUAGAUACAUGUAAAAUCAAGCAUGUACAAUGUACAUAGAUACAGCCAAAAUAUUAAAAUUUGUAAACAGUAAAGGCUUACCUGCUCUAUCUUUGGCAGCCGAACAUAAACUUAUAAAGGUACGUUCUGAACGCUAGCUGCCGAUCGCACAUGCUGCUUUGAGCCAAAACGUUUGCAUGUAAAUACAUACAACCCAGUAGUGCAGCUGCGGCCGACUUCAUGCAGACGCGGGAUGUGCGGUCGGCAGUUGGCACCCAAAACGUAUCAUUAUACUAAGUAGUUAAGAGAACUUAGAUGUUGCUCUCCAUUGUAAAUUAGCGAUGUUGCCAGAUCGCCUUCAAUUCACUUUAACCCACAUUUUUAUAAGAUCAAUACACGCUGAUGAACUUUAGUAUAAAUACAUUCAUCAGAUUUCAAAAGUCUCCAAUAUUUUAAUUAUCUACUAAAGGAUGCACCCAAAAUUCUUUCCAUCUGUUGAUUUGCUUGAUAUAAUGAUAUCAUUUUAACAUUAGCACCAAAUAUGCAAUGCUUUUCUAUCUCUAGUAAGCAGAACAAUAGAUAGACAGAAUAUUGGGAAUCACCAUUACUAGAUCUGGCAACUGUAAAUGCAUCUAAUAUUACAUUAUACUGUACAUACAAAGUAAGCUAUAUAGCACCACGGAGAACAAAAUGACUAGCGGAGAUAUCAUAGCGGAAAAUCUAAGAAAGUAGCGCGCCAAAAUGUCCACCGUGCAUAUUUGACCUAGAUGAAGGCGCCUGGCUUACCUGUAUUAUGGCAUCUCCGCUCGUUGUUCCUUACUCCGUGUAGUACCUAAGAUAAGUGUUUCAGUUCUAAGUUUUCAACAAAAUUCUCUUUAUUUCUGUACACACAGACCAUGUUUAGGUUGUUCAUAACAAGGAAAUAGGACCUCGCCAUAGCUUAUACACAAAACCGCGUAUUGCAAUAGACUAGUUACUAUAGUCAAUAUUCAAUAACAUAUGUAGAAUACAGUAGUUACUCAAAUACUUACAAAUAUGUCCAUUAUUUAUCACUUCUUUAAGCAAUGAAAUAUUACUGUAAAUGUAAAAAACUGUAAAAUUGUUUUUCUAUUUUUAAUUAAAUUUUCUUGAAACUUUAGGAUGUGAUUAAGUUAACUAUCCGAAUGUACAUUCUAUCUUCACCUAUAGAAUUCUUUUCAAAAGAACACGGAAGAAAUGUUUCCUUUGCAAACCAAUAUUUUUGUUGAUAGAAACAAGUACGUAACUGCGUUAGCAUAAGGUCUAUUUUGGACUUUAGCCCACUCCAGGCUAAUAAUUAGGCUUGGAUAUAUGAUAAUAAACUAUGUUUACAAACAUAACACAUAUUUCUUAGCAUGAUGAAGGAAAAAUUGUUGUCAACUCCAAUUUUUUUUGUUUUUUAUAGAUAGUCAAAAGUUUUAGGCGUGUAGUAUAUAAAUGGCGUGUAAAAUAGCUAUUAGCGAAUAAGAAAUGAAGUCUUGCCAUUAUUGUUUUGAGCUAUUUUGUUUGUAGAUAGGAACUUCUAAUAUUUUCGCCGUAAUCAUGUGUCUGUCAGUUCAUAAGUAAUAAAAUAAUCAACCUUA